UGGGCAACGAUUUUGUGAUUGUUUUUUGCUCUCUCUUUUUUUUGUGAAAGAAACCGAAUUGGAGAAAAAAAAACAAUGAAAAAAUUACCAACUGAUUCUUACGUUGAUAUUGAAUUAUUUAAAGAUGAUUUAAAAGAUAUCGAUGAGGAAUUUAUUCGAAACAUCGAAUCGAUUUUUAAAAUAUCACAUAAAGAUAAACAAAUUAGUUUUCUAUGUAUGACCAACAAUGCUACUUAUGCUUAUGGUGAAGAAAUAUGCAAAUGGUUAUCGUUAAAAGAUGAUCCCAAACGACCACAACAAAUUGACAUUUUAAUUGAUAAGAAUAUUAUUCAAGUCGAUUCGGGCAAUGAAUUUGUUGUCGUUCUAACUGAUGAUGGACUAGUAUAUCAAGCCAGUGGUGAUUCAGAUUGGCAAACGAACAAUACUUUUCGAUUGAUCUCAACCGGUAAUGAUCGUUUUGAAAUGAUAGCAUGUGGAAUGUUUCAUUUGUUAUUGUUGCGACAAGAUGGCAUUGUUUUUUAUUUGGGAAAUUAUCUUUUUUGUCAAUUGACCGGUAAUUCAAUGUCAUCGUAUGAUACUUUCGUGAACACUGGUUUAAAUAAUAUCAAAAUAAUAGCUUGUGGCUCGUUGCAUAGUCUUGCUCUCACCAAUACGAAUCAAAUUUAUUCUUGGGGUUGGAAUAACAAGGGACAGUUAGGUCUAGGUGAUACAAAUGACCGAACAACACCUUCAAUGGUAACAUUUCCUGAUGGUUCGAUUAAUAGUCCAAUCAAAAAUAUUGUGGCUGGCUUAUGUCAUUCUUUAAUUUUAUUGGAGGAUGGUCAAAUUUUUGGAUGUGGUCAUGGUCAACGUAAUAUUAAUAUGCGAAAUGCAAAAGUACCAACAAAAAUACCCGUUGAAAAUGUGCAAAGUGUUGCUUGUAAAAAUCAUCAGAUUAUUUCAUUGGCUUUGGAUAAGUCAUCACAUUAUUAUGCAUGGGGUAAAGCAAAAAAGAAAUUUUUUCCUCCCAUAAAAUUGGUUUGUGGACCGAAAUCAUUCGCUGCAGCAUCAGUUAUGCUAUACGAAUCAUCAAUCACUUUUGGCCUAACAUCAAUCAUCCCUGUAUUCGAAUCGAAUGAUCCAAUAUCAUUUAUUGAAUUAUUGGAUAAUCCGGAUAAUUAUGAUGUCGAAUUUGUAAUCGGCGACAAACGUAUAUUGGCUUCGAAAUGCUACCUGAAAAUGUCAUCAAAAUAUUAUAGUCAAAUGUUUUCGGGUGAAUGGCAAGAAAAUAAUAAUAGAGUGGUGAUUGAUGCUUAUAGUUAUGAUGUAUAUUAUUCAUAUCUAAGGAUGUUACAUACUGGCCGAAUCCAAAUCAAUCAAUCCAAUAUAGCCGAAUUUAUUGAUUUGGCCAAUUGUUAUGGCGAUGAACAAUUAAUGAAACAUUGUCAAACAUUCAUGCGAAUGGUUCUAAAUGGAGGGACUUUAUUUACUUAUCUACCAUUAAUCAGUAAAUAUAAACUUGAUGGAAUGAAUGAUAAACUUGUCGAAUUAACAAUCAAAGAUGUUUUACCGAAAAACAAAAACAAUAUUACAAAAUUUUUGGAAUGGUUUUUCGAACAACAAUCUUUUUGUAAAACAAAAGAUUUGCCUUGCAAACGAAAAAAAAAUUGACGAUAAUUGAAAAUGAUUU